AUCCCAAGUCACUGCUCAAUGAAGUAUCUGACCCCAUCGCCCUCUCACGCUUCCUGUCUGACAACCAACAAGCUGUCAAGCAGUCAGACUGGCUGAAAGAUCUGGGACUUGGCGAGGGAUUGCAGAGUUUCUGUCAAGUCUGAGGGGGUCGAACCCCCCUCUUCUGCCCCCCUCCCCCCAUCUCCACCUCUCAGCACCAACAUCAUUCCUCUCUCCUCCUCCUCUGCUCAGCAGCUUGGCUCGUGAGUCUCCAGGAGGAAAAAAAUAAAACACUCAGUUCACCAAAACAACUGGCAACAGCUGAUACCAACUGUGGUGGUCAGUCCUCCGUGGGUCAUGCUGAGGUCUGGCUGAGCUGCAGGAUCGUCGCCGUGCUGCAAUGAGGCUGAUGCUGGGGCCCCCGCGGCCCCUCCUGGCCCUGACCGUGGCCCUGGUCCUCUCCGCCUGCCCGCGCCCAGCCUUCCCCGGCGCCAUGCCCUUCCCCCAAGACCUGGAGCCCAUCAGCAUGGUGGGGAGCGAAUAUUCCUACCUGUAUCCAAGCUUCCAGGGACUAAUGGAGGACAAUGACACAGUGCGGCUGGGCUUGGAUUUCCAGAGAAUGCUCCGCAUCAACCACAUGCUCUACAUCGCUGCCAGGGAUCACGUCUUCGCAGUCAAUCUCACUUCCUCGUCCGAGCAGAUUGUCGCUCAGCAGAAACUGACAUGGAAGACAAAAGAUGUGGAGAAAUGCACAGUGAGGGGCAAAAACAGCGAUGAGUGUUACAACUACAUCAAAGUGCUCGUCCCACGCAACGACGAAACCCUGUUCGCGUGCGGCACCAACGCCUUCAACCCCACCUGCCGGAAUUACAAGAUGUCUACUCUAGAGCAGGUUGGAGAGGAGGUGGUCGGACAAGCUCGCUGCCCCUUCGAGUCGCGGCAGUCGAAUGUUGGCCUCUUCGCCGGUGGGGAUUUCUACUCCGCUACCAUGACUGAUUUCUUGGCCAGCGACGCAGUGAUCUACCGCAGCCUGGGAGAGAGCAGCCCCGUCUUGCGCACCGUCAAAUACGACUCCAAGUGGCUUCGAGAGCCCCAUUUCCUUCACGCCAUUGAGUACGGGAACUAUGUGUACUUUUUCUUCAGCGAGAUUGCCGUGGAGUACACCGCCCUAGGCAAGGUGGUGUUCUCCCGAGUGGGCCGCGUCUGCAAGAACGACAACGGCGGUUCUCCGCGGGUUCUGGAGCGCUACUGGACCUCCUUCCUGAAGGCGCGGCUCAACUGCUCGGUGCCGGGCGACUCCUUCUUCUAUUUCGACGUGCUCCAGUCCCUGACCAACGUCAUGCAGGUCAACCAGAAGCCGGCAGUGCUGGGCGUGUUCACCACGCAAUCUAACAGCAUCACUGGCUCGGCCGUGUGCGUGUUCUACAUGGACGACAUCGAGAGGGUUUUCAAUGGCAAGUUCAAGGAGCAGCGCAACAGCGAGUCGGCAUGGACCCCCGUGCCUGAGGAGAUGGUGCCCAAGCCAAGGCCUGGCUCUUGUGCCGGUGACGGCCCAGCUGCGGCGUACAAGUCCUCCACCACCUUCCCAGACGAAACGCUGACCUUCAUCAAGUCCUACCCGCUGAUGGACGAGGCGGUACCCUCCGUCAACGACCGACCCUGCUUCACGCGCACCACCAGCAGAUUCAAGCUGACCCAGCUCGCCGUGGACACCUCAGCCGGGCCUUACAAGAACCACACAGUGCUGUUCCUGGGCUCGGAGGACGGGCACGUGCUGAAGGUGCUGGCCAGCACCCACGCCAACACCACCUUCAGCACUCAGUUGCUGGAGGACGUCGACGUUUAUAACCCGGCUAAGUGUAACGUCCAAGGGGAGGACCGGCGCGUGCUGGGCCUGGAGCUGGACAAGGAUCACCACGCUCUCUUCGUGGCCUUCUCUGGCUGCGUGGUCCGCGUGCCCCUCAGCCGCUGUGCAGACUACGGCUCCUGCAAAACGAGCUGCCUGUCCUCACGAGACCCCUACUGCAUCUGGCUGAAGAUGGGGAUGUGCGCCACCGUGGCGCCUGGAAACAAGCAAGGGUUUGACCAGGACGUGGAGAAUGGCUACCCGCAGUAUCCAGACAGUUGUCAUGACGUUUUGGCCACUACGCGGAAACAGAACACCAUAGUGGAUUCUGCUUAUGGAAAGACCACCCCCACAACCGCCAGCACAACCAGUCAGGUGGCGGUGCUGCCCAAGGUGCCCGGUGACUCACAGAAAGGUACAGGUCCUGAGGGGCACCCUUCAGUGGGGAACCAGGGCUCACCUGACUCUGAGGCCAUCAGUGUAGAGGGUGUCCGACGCCCUCCUGAGGUGGAGAAGAGCAACCACAGCGUCCACUACACCCUGCUUAUCGCUUGCGUGCUCGUGGCUUUCGUCUUGGGCGCUUUCCUCUCCGGCUUCCUGGUGUCCUGCUACUGCAACCACAAUGUGGGCAAGACCAAGAGGCUGCCCAAGGACCCGGAGGUGUCCAUUCCUCACGCGCUGUCUCUCCGCAGUCUGGCCAAGCUGAACGGUCUGCUGGAGAGCCAGAGCAAAGAGGACAAGCUCGACGUGCCUUCGCCCAAAGUUUACAACUCGUUCUUCAGCAACGGGAAAGAGCAUCCCUCCCGUAGGCAUCAUGGCCAUCAUGGCAUGGUGGACCUCAUUCACCCUCACCACCACCACAGCUCGGAAUUGUCUGGGCUGCCGACUCCUGAUUCGACGCCGGAGCUGCCCAUCAAAAGCAUGAAAGCCUUCAAGAACCAAUGGGAGAAGAAUCAGAACUGCAACAACGCCAAGGAGCCCAAACCGCACAACAUGCCCGGCUCCAGGCCCAGCUCAGGUCUCCACCAGCAGGUGUUCCCCUUCUCCCACGGCCUGUCCAACGGCCAAGCUCUGGGCGGGUCUAUGCACCUGGAGGAGCGCAAGAUCCACAACACCGAGCGAAUGAUGAGCCAGCCCUACCACGCCUACCCGCACAAGGUGGUUGACGUCACGUCCCUCGACGAGCUCCUGAAACACAUCCACGAGAUCAACGUGACCACGGGAGGCAAGUGCCCCACGGUCAUGACCUCGUCCAUGUCGGCCAACGCCGGCCAGAUGGUGUUCGCCAACCGAGUCCAGCCACAGAUCCCCGAGAUGGAGACAGCCCCUUACUACAGCUCCUCCACGCUGCCGAGGGACAGCCUGACGCGCCGCAUGGACGUCCCUCCGGACAUGCCGCUGCCGCCGCCGUCACAGUCCACGCUGGAGCGCGUCUCCCGCCACCCGUCGCACCGGCACUCGCUGAUCGCCGCCUCCAAGAUGGCGGCCAACGGUGGUGGGAUGGUGGCGCGCCAGCACAGCUUCAACCACCAGGGCGGGCGCCAGUUGCCCCCCAUGCUCUCGCGGAUGAACUCCGCCGGUAGCAGCGGCGGUUGUGAGGUCCGCCACCCGCUCAUCCCCGGGAGCUACCUGACGCGCCAGCACAGCUACAGCGAUCAGGCCGAGUGCCACCGGGCUGCCAACGUCCGCCGGACGGCGUCGCUCAAGCCCGACGUCCCCCCUAAGCCUCACUUCAUCCCCGCCACCUCGCCCGUAAACCAGCAGGGGAAGUUCAACUACUGAGGUCAACCACGAGAGCUUGAUAAAAAAAAAAACAGGACUGCACACCAGCAUCUGUGUAGUUCUAUGACUGGAAGUGGUGAACCUUACAGAGAAAGAAUUAAACGACAUGGAGAUUUUCAUUGGCAGUAAGGUAUAAUGCUGCCUCCACACUUGAACCUGACUUACUUUUCUCUGUCCAUUGAAUAUAUUUGUACCAUAUUGGUAUUGCUCAGCUAUUUGCUUAUAGAAGGUGAAAAACUGGGGAUGGCAUCUGCCAGGAGACCACCUUGAUUUUUUUAGGCUGCCACUGUCUUCAUUGUGGCUGUAAAUGCAAUUAUGAACAGGAAGGGGUUGGCAUCACAACAAAACCCUUGGGACACCGAGGCUUUAGGACACUGAGGCUUUGGACCUUGAGGCUUUGGGACCCCGAAGCUUUGGACCCCAUGUGGUGCUGCUGUUCUGUCUGCUUUUGCUUAACUAUUCUGUUGGACGUAGAGUUGAUGAUCAGUGAUUGUUUCCUAUAAUAACGUGUAUAUAUAUAUAUAUAUAUAUGCAUGUGUGUGCGUGUGUGUAUAUACGUGUGUUCAUAUCUACACAGUAUAUGUAUACAUAUACAGUUCAUACACAGUAUCCUGUGUAUACUGUGGGGUAAAGCUUCUCAAAAGAAACACUUUAUUUGCCUUAUUUUGAGAACAAUUAAACUGUUACAUUUUUACAACUACCCAGCCCCCGCCUCGCUCCCAUCCCCUCCUCUCAGUGUUGCACCAAACUGCCCACACAGGAUAUGAGCAAUAACCACAAACUCCUUUGUAAUGGCAUGAAAUUAAAAGUAUGCCCAAAAGAGGAGGAUUUAAUUAGGUGAAAGCUUCAUAAUUUGAGAACAUUGUAUUCUGAAUUUCGAGUAACAUUUGGGCAGUGACCAAAAAAGUAGGCAAGGGAAGAACACUAAUGUCCUUCUGUGGCCAAAUGCAGUAUUAAAAAUAUCCCUAACCAACGUGUGCUUGAUAUGUGUGCGUUACAAAUGGUGGUUGGUUGUACAAGCAGAAGCUUUGCAAAAACAGGUAUAUUAUCAAAGAAGUCAAUGGAGCUCAUACUCACAAGUAUUACUCCCUUGUUUUAAUUUAGUGAAGACUGCAUCUCUUGCAAUUAACUUUGUAGUCAUUGGUUGUACAUAUAGGAAUAAUAACUAGCCGAAUUUUAAUUGUUUAAUUGUGUAAAUUGUGCCUUAUUUAAUAUGGUAUGUGCUCUGGGGGAGGGUGGGGUGACGAAUGAAAGUUAAGAUGCUACAGUUUGUGUUUUAUCUUUUUUUUAUUUUCAAUUUUGAUGUCAGUAUACUGUAUGCCACAUGUACCAUAGGUUUAUAUUUCUAUCUAGGCCUUUUUGAUAUCCCCUGACUGUGUGAAGAGGUUUAAACAACUACCAGCUUAAGACUGCAGGAUCUACCAGAAUCCAUUUUGCUCCACUUCUAUGCUUUUCCUUCUCAUUGAGUGGGCUGGUGAUGCCUUUGCACGCUUUCACAUUGUGUUCGCCAGAUCUCAAAUCUGCAGAUUUCGUUAAGACACGCAUUUUUACAGUAGUCUAGUAGAGCACCAUUUCUGCACUCACCCCAGAGAGUUGUGUUUGUACAUUUCUUCUUCUUUUUUUAUUCCACUGCUCUUCAAUAACAGCUGAGACUAUUGAUUGGGGAACCGACGCUGAUCAAGGUGUUUCAUUACAUCUGGUUUUCAACACUGCCUGCAGUGGAACUCUAUGUGAUACUUGCUUCGUGCAUCUCUCUCUUCUCUCUGUCUCUCUGUCUCUCUGUCUCUCUGUCUCUCUCUCUCUCUCUCUCUCUCUUUCUGUCUCUAUCUCUCUCUCUCUCUCUCUCUCUCUCUCUCUCUCUCUCUAAGGGGACAAUAGUGUCUCUUGGUUGUCUGCUCUUAGGAAUACCUGUUGAUGUGGUGCUCCACUAUUGCACUUUCAGACCAAUUAUUGUCGCUCUCAAUCGUACUCUUUACUAAAAAAAACGUUCUCAAGAUUAUCAUGAAAUGUGAAGAAAAUUGUGUGUUUGUUACUGCUUGGAUUACUGCAGUUGGCCUGCACUUGAAUUCACUACCAUCUGACUUCUCGUUCAUAUACUCAUCAGGCGUGUAGAUGGCCAGUCAUAACACAUGUGCAUACAAAGUAAUAAAACGAUUUUGGGAAACAAAUGGUUAAAGAAACGAGAUCGAAGAGCAAAACAAACACCCACCCACUGACAGGAGUCAUUUCAGGAUGACCGUAUACCAAGAAGUGGGCUUUGCCUAGUUGCUGAGAUGAAGAGUAGCUUAUUUGAACACAAAUAGGGGGUUAAGGAAGGAAAGGGAAUAGUCUUUGUCCACUUUAAUUGCUAUAACCAUUGAGGUCUCUUGUUAUUGCACAGUGUAAAUAAAAAUAUCGUCAUUUGGAACUUU